AAUAAUUAACUAGGAAUUAAAAUCUUAAGGUAACACUAUGGAGCACCACCUAUUUGUAAAAAAGCAAGAAAAAGAAAGGUUGAGGGCAUUGACAUGAUUAAGUCCUUUGACAAAAGUUGGAAGCAUGUUAGCAGCUAAAGAGAAAGGAUUAAAAGCUUUGUAGUAGAUGGGGGAUGAGAGAUGGAGGAGAAAUCAGAGAAGCAAGAUGAUAGCCACCCAUCUCUCUUCUUCUCGGAUCAUGCAACCAUCAAGGAAGAGAAUUCUCCAAGAAAAGCCAUUGGUGGUGGCAGUGAUAGGCUGAAGAGAGAUGAAUGGAGUGAAGGGGCUGUGUCAACCCUUCUUGAGGCUUAUGAGGCCAAAUGGGUGCUCAGAAACAGAGCCAAACUCAAGGGCCAUGACUGGGAAGAUGUUGCAAAACAUGUCUCAUCAAGAGCCAACUCCACCAAGUCACCAAAGACACAGACUCAGUGCAAGAACAAGAUUGAGUCCAUGAAAAAAAGGUACAGAUCAGAGUCUGCAACCACUGCUGAUGCAUCAUCUUGGCCUUUGUACUCUCGCCUUGAUCUUCUCCUGCGUGGCACAGGACCAUUAUCUUCACUUCCGCCAACACCAACACCAACACCAACAAUAGCACCAUCAUUUCAACCACCACACGCCACCACCAAUAGUAACCAGGCUCUGGUGUUGUUGGAUCCUCCUUCACUGGCUGUGUCACAAGCUCCUCCUUCUGCUGCUCCUCCACCACCCACACAAAACUCUCACGGAUCCAAUGGUGUUGAAAAACUAGUCAAGGAAGAUGGGUUAGGAGGAAAGUCAUGUGAGCAUGUAUCUGACAAGAAUGUGAUGGACUCGGAUAGUAGCACACCUGCUCUAUACAGUGAAAAGGAGAAGGUGAGAUGCAACAAGAGGAAGAUGAAAAGUGAGAACAACAAGAGGGUGAGAAGGAACAGUAACAACAGUGAUAACAAUAACCAAAACAGUGAAGACAUGGAGAUAGCAGAAAGCAUAAGGUGGCUAGCAGAAGUGGUAAUGAGGUCAGAACAGACCAGAAUGGAGACAAUGAAAGAGAUUGAGAAGAUGAGGGUUGAAGCUGAGGCAAAGAGAGGGGAGAUGGAGCUGAAGAGAACUGAAAUCAUAGCCAACACUCAACUAGAGAUUGCUAGGAUCUUUGCAAGUGUCAAUAAAGGUGUUGAUUCUUCACUAAGAAUUGGAAGAAGUUAAUCAUGACAUGGUUGUGUGUGUACAAAGUUUAUAAUUCAUCAACAUGAUAUAUAUAGAUUGAAGGAGGAAGAAAGUUGACUCCAGAUUUUCAGUUGGUUUUUUUGUGCUAUCUCCUACUGACUAUUAAAAAUAAAAACAUUAAGAUUAAUGUUUAUCAGUGUAUUUUAAGGACACAGUAGAGAAGAAAAAAACUUAGCAGAAAAUUUGGACUGAACCAGUGAAAGAGAACACCAUACAUAUACCAUAUAUAGAAGAGAGUAGAGGUAAAACCAUUAUCUCUCCUAACUUUAAUUAUAUGUAGACUUUUAAUUGUAACCUUCUCUUUCAUUAAUUAAGAAAAUGAAGGAAUGUUUCUUCAUUGUGUCUCUC